GAAUAUACGUCUACUUCAUAUUGAGCAAUUUCAAUCUUUCAAAUUCAGUUGUGUUCAGAUAGAAGGCGCUGAAAAGUCUUAUCAUAGACGGAUAAAUUUUCGAAUGCAACUGUUGGCAAUACUUUCCGUUCUCAACAUCCGCUUUGAUGCAAGCUCUUCCUCUGCGAAUUCUAUUCACAAAAUCCUUCACGUGUGAAGUUGUAACCGAGUAGGAACAGCUUUUGUAAGUGUACCAGUUUCGUGUCUAAUAAGACUUAAAAAUGCGUUACGUGGCCGCUUACCUGCUCGCUGUCCUGGGAGGCAAGGAGAACCCCUCCUCAGGCGACAUUGAGAAGAUCCUCAGCUCUGUGGGAAUUGAAGCCGACAGCGAGAAGCUCAACUUUGUCGUCGGGCAGCUCAAGGGAAAGUCGGUCGAUGAACUCAUUGAACAAGGCAAGGAGAAGUUGGCAUCAAUGCCGGCCGGCGGCGGUGCAGCUGUAGCUGUGGCUGCAGGUGGUGCCCCAGCUGCGGCGGCCGCAGCUCCUGAGAAGAAGGAGGAGAAGAAGGCCGAGAAGGAGGAGUCUGACCAGUCUGACGACGACAUGGGCUUCGGUCUCUUUGACUAAGCAUAAAAUAUUUACCACUAUUUUAUAAUUUGGAAAAUGUUUUAUAAAAAUUGAAAAGAAA